UAUCGGCUGUAGAGCGGACUCAACCGCCAAGUAAGUUACGUUGUGCUGUGGUUAGCUGAGGAAGUUACACAGCACUCUAUUUUCUGUUAUUUUGUUUCAUAGAAAAUAGAUAUAUUCUUAUGCGGAUACACAUGUAACAUGUAGUGAAGGGGAAACUAGGUGCUUUUAUUUCCUUUUCUCUGGAAGAGUACAUGUUUAUUUUUAGGACACUGUUAUUAAUGUGUAGCUAACGCAGCCAAGCCUCAUGUUUUCGUCAAGCCAAGAGGAGCACUGCGCCCCGUCUAAAGACCCGGUGAAGUACGGGGAGUUGGUGGUACUGGGGUACAAUGGCUCUCUGCCCAAUGGAGAUCGGGGUAGACGGAAAAGCAGAUUUGCGCUUUUUAAGAGGACCAAAGCCAACGGUGUUAAGCCGAGCAGUGUGCACAUCCUCAACACACCCCAGGAUAGCAAGGCUGUGAACUGUAAAGGCCAACACAGCAUCUCCUACACACUGUCCAGGCACCAGACGGUGGUGGUGGAGUACAGCCAUGACAAAGACACAGACAUGUUUCAGAUUGGACGCUCCACUGAAAACCCCAUCGACUUUGUGGUUACUGACACUGUAGCAGGAGGCCAGGAUGGAGAGGACACUCAGAUCACACAGAGCACCAUCUCCCGCUUCGCCUGCAGGGUUGUCUGCGAACGAAACCCUCCCUACACGGCUCGCAUCUAUGCAGCAGGAUUUGACUCCUCCAAAAACAUCUUUCUGGGGGAAAAAGCAGCGAAAUGGAAGAACCCUGAUGGUCACAUGGACGGGCUGACAACCAAUGGGGUGCUUGUGAUGCAUCCUAAAGGGGGCUUCAUGGAAGAGUCCAAGCCUGGCGUCUGGAGAGAAAUCUCCGUUUGUGGAGAUGUUUACACUUUGAGAGAGACCCGCUCAGCACAGACCCCAGGGAAACUGGUGGAGAAUGAGAGUAACAUCCUGCAGGACGGCUCUCUGGUGGAUCUGUGUGGAGCCACUUUGCUGUGGCGCACUGCAGAGGGGCUCUUUCACACUCCCACCCAAAAGCACCUGGAGGCUCUGAGGCAGGAGAUCAACGCAGCCCGGCCUCAGUGCCCAGUGGGUCUCAACACGCUCGCCUUUCCAAGCAUGCAGCGCAGUCGGGCCCUCUCCUCUCUGGAGGAGAAGCAGCCGUGGGUCUACCUGGCGUGCGGCCACGUCCACGGCUAUCACAACUGGGGCCAUCGCUCCGAGCGGGAGCCCAACACCCAGCGAGAAUGUCCCAUGUGCCGGGUGGUGGGACCCUAUGUCCCACUCUGGCUGGGCUGCGAGCCCGCCUUUUAUGUGGACACGGGGGCGCCCACUCACGCCUUUGUUCCCUGUGGACACGUGUGUUCAGAGAAGUCGGUAAAGUACUGGUCUGAGAUCCCUCUGCCCCACGGCACCCACGCCUUCCACGCCGCCUGCCCCUUCUGUGCCACCCAGCUCAGCCCGUCUCAGGGCUGGUCAAAGCUCAUCUUCCAAGGUCCCGUGGACUGAGCUGUGGAUCUCUGCUGCAUGAACAUUCGCAGAAACUGAUCAGAUGAACCCGCGCUUUCUGGAUCGGAAUAAGCCUGCUUGGCCGUCUACUGUGGAUCUAUCACAGAUUGUUCAGGAGCUUUUUGGAUGAAAUACCAGAGAUCACUGUGCAGACAACCAAGUCUCUCCCAGCAGGCUGUUUACACCACAUUACCAUCAGAUCGCUGUUAAAGUGAGGCUCACCAAUGAAUGACUCAUUGCUCCCUUAUUGAUUAUACCAGAUUGGGCCUUUUGGGAAAGAGAAACAGCUGUUUAGUUUUUGAUGUGCCGAUGAUGAAGCUUUUACAGAGCUAGACAGCAGGGCUGUUGGCUGGGAGAAUCUUUAGGCUUAAUGCCCCCCCCCAAAUCAAAAUCAUCAGUCUCAGUGUCUUCCAUUCCCCAAACAAACUCUCACAGAGGUGGAGGAGAUUUUUGUUGUACGGAGAUGAAAUCCAGUGCCUGAGAUCCCGAUAAAAAGUGGGAAUAUUUUUAAUAGUAAUUGAAAUAAUAGAUAUAUAUAUUUUGUGGAAGGUAAAGAAAGAGAUAACAACCCAGGUGUGUUUUAGUACACUGUGGCUGUUUGAAAUGUUUUGUAACCCAAAUGUUAAUAUAUUUUUCUCCUUCAUAUAUAACGUGUGAGAAUGAGAGCGUGGGUGAUUCAAUGUGUGUGUGUGGGGGGGUGUUUAUGUGGCCCUGCAUUAUUUAAGCCCAACCGCUUCUUAUGAUCUCACAUACCAAACCCCUAACGGAGACGUGACAGGAAUCGGGAGAAGGUCGCCGGGCUUCAGAAUGACGGUGCGGGAAUGAACCCACUGCUGGGGCUCUAAUUAUAUGACCUGCUUUCUCAGCUAGCUUCAGGUUCGCUCACAGUCAAAUGGGACGUUUCGGCUUCACAGCUGACACCUACACCCGCCGAUCAGGUUUGCACCGCUGUUAGCUUUAUCCUGUGUGGGGUCUGAUCCAAGGACGUUGGCGGUUAAAUCCUGGGCGCGUUCUGAGCAGCAUUGUUAGGUUAAAAAGUGAUGAACAGCCACAUGUUUUCUGUCAACAUCCACAACUACUUACCACUGACAGGUUAAGUUUAACCAGGUCUUAUUCUGAACGCUGGUGGAGAGUUUCUACACAGGCUAAAGGAAUGUAGAAAUAUUUAAUUAGCGUUCAGAAUUUUCCACAUCAGGAGAGACAGAAAAAAAUAUAAGCAAGUCCUCGACUUACCGGGAAAUUAUAAUGUGACUUUUUAAGAACUUUCUCAAACAAAAUGCGAGAUAUGUUGAAACUUAAAAACAAACAAGAUGUGUAAAAACGGUAUUAGAACCCAAAACUUUUUUUAUUUGGAGCUUCCAGAGUUUAUAAGUUAACUAUCUACUUAUUUUGUGAGCUAAAACUUAUUUCUUACCACAAACUGGCAUAAGUGUAAAAUACUUUAAUACUUUAGUGUAAAAACUAUUUUUUUAUUUCAAACUAUUAAACAAUGGAAUGGUGAGAUAAUUAAAGUAUAAUAGUGACUAUAUAAAUGAGCUUCAAGAGUUAUCUUGAGAUGUUUUAAAUUAAAUCGUGACCAAAAUCUUACACAGCAGUGAUCUCAGUGUAUAAUUCUCUGAUCUUUAAUAAUAAAAUAAAUUGAUGCAUUAAAUUGGGAUAAAAAAUGAAACAGUUACACCAAUGAAAAACUUAUGACCUACUGUGACAAUCAAACCAUUAUCAAAGCAAAAUAAUCUCUAAUCCUCACUAUAGAUGUUAUAGCAAGCACAUAUUAUCUUUGUUCGGUCUAAUAAAAUGGUUAUCAGUGAAAUUUUAGAUUUAUUUCUUGUCAUCGUGAGAAACGAAGCUAAAAUCUUGUUAAUUUAAGAUAAAGACGAUAAACUGUUGACUGUGGUCAGCUCAAGGUCAUGUUACUUUGUCGUUUAAAAAAAAACCUGAUACUACCACUUUAGAAAUAAAGUCCCAUAUUCUCGUUAUCCUGAGAUGUUACAAAAAUUGAGAAAUUGGGUCUCAUCCAGAUAUCAUUGGACAAUUGCACAGUUAGAAGGAAAAAGUAAUUUUAUAAUCAUUUUAACUUGAGAAAUUGAAAUUGUUAGCUAAAUAAGAUGAACUCAUCUGGAGGAACUAAGAUAACUGAGCAGCAAAAGCCCAAUUAUCCUGCCUUAAAGCCAUUAUUUUAACUCUUAUGUAGACGUAAUGCAGCUUAUCACAAUAUACUCAAGAAAUUUAAAUCUUGAGAAAAUUAGAUAAUGAAAUUUGAACUUACAUAGGUUCUAACAAAAAGCUCAAGCUCCUACUAUUUGGUUUCAAGAUUUCAAGGUUAAGAUCUCAUUAAAUGGUGUUGACCAAACAAAGAACUGUUUUUCUCAUGGCGACAUCAUGAAAUGUUAAGGACAGGAACAGCUGCAGAUUUCCUUAUCAAUUCAGUAUAUAAACAAAACCAUCCUGUGGUCUUUUUUAACUCAAUAUAAAUAGUAAAUAACUUAAAAUAAGCUUAAGGUUAUAUCUUAAUAUAACGACAGGAAACAUAAGGUAUCACUGCAAACAAAUCUAAGAGCUUGUGUCAAAAAGUGUAAUAAGAAACUUGCUUAGACAAUGUUACAAACUUUUGGGUUUAUAAAAUGGUUAUGUCUAGUUGUUUUUAUAUUUAAAUGCCUCAACAUAAAGAUACUAAACCUCUAUCAGUGCAAAAGAAAAAAAAAAGAUCCUUAUAUGAACAAGUUAACCCAGCAAUCUGUCAGGAUCUAUAAAUUAUGACAGAAUGGUGGGUGAUCUUAAUUCAUUUGAGAUGUUUCAAAAUCUGGAGAAUUUUAAAAUGGAAAAUGUGGAGGAACCAUGUCUGUUGGGGGUCAUUGAUUUUAUCACAGUCUGUCACAUUUAGUGAACUACAUUGUGCUCAGAUCAGCUAAACUGUCCAGAACAAAAAUAGCAGAACUGAAAGCGAUGACUGGGAGAACUGGCUUACACUCUUCCAAUGUGUGAAAAUCUGCUUGUUUAUCAAAAGCAAGAGCAUUAAAAGAACUGAAUUAUAUUGAAUACAAUCCACUCAGGUAUCACUGAAACUAAAAAAAAAAUCCCACCAUGAGUAGGGUCUCUUACGCUAUACGUGACAAAUGUGAGUCUAGUCAUUUUUACAUUUUAUUUGCGAUGUUUCCUCAUCUAAUUACGCAGCAUUACUCAGCUUUCAUACCACUAAGAAAUCUCUUUUCUGUGUCUAUAUUAUGUAUCUGCCAUGCAGGGUGAUGCACUAAGCCAGGAACUAUAGUAGCAUUCCUCUAACAGUUUUAAGCUCAAACACUGUGCCCAUUGCUAGAGACCGUAUUCUGUAACAGCUGCAGCGUAGCCGCCUCAAACAUUCCUCCUUGGUAAACAUGGGUGGGGCUUGCAGUUUCUCCCAAGGGCUCCUUCUAUGAAAUUUGUAUUUUUCUUCCCCCCAGCAGGAACUCUGUACACAAGCCAUGGAACACACUGAAGCUCCUGAGGCCUCCUUUGCAGAAAAUAAAGAUAUUUUUUAAAUAAAAAA